ACAAAAGUGCUUUUCUUCUUGUAGGUUAUGUCCUCAAAAGGUUAUUUUUUUUUCGUGUCUAGUGUUGAGAAUGAUUUGAAUUUCAACAAUUUCAAGCAUUUAAAAUGAAUAAGAUUCUAAACCAUAAUAAAAACAUUAUACAAAUUACAAUUAGGAAUUAUGCUUUUAAAAGCGACUUGAAAAUAAAGUGGGUACGGCCUGAAAAAAUUCCUUGUUACAAACCCGAAAAAUCCGGAGAUUUGUCUCCUUUUCCUAAAAUUAAUAAAAGUGAAUAUUUACAUGAAUUUAGAAAAUCAAAGGAACUAGAAACAGCAGACGAGAAUGUUAAGCGUUUAUUUACGCUCGAGUUUAAUUCUAGAAAAUAUUCUACUCAAUUUUAUAACAAGAGGGCAAUGGAAGAAGUGAAACGGCACGAAUUUGAUACCGGUUCCAUCGAAAUUAAAUUGGCUAGGUGGACAGGUUAUAUAAGAGCUUGGCAAGAAGCAAUGGAACGUUUUCCCCGCAACAAGAGAUUAAAAGUUAAACUAAAAGAGGUAAUUGAUAUGCGAAAAAAACAUCUUAGAUAUUUGCGUCGGUGGGACUAUAAAAAAUUCGAAUGGAUACUCGAGAAUCUAAAUUUGAUUUAUAAACCUUCACCAACCGAAUCCACAUGGGUUACGAGGAAGGGAUCACUUGUGAAAUUGACUGAUAAAUAUUGUGCUGACAUAAAAAAAGACAAACUUGAAAAAUAUAGGUAUUUGUUAGAAGCUGAACAACCAGCAUUUUUAGAAGAGAAACUUAGAACCCUACAGUUCAUAAGAAAUGAGCAAAAUGAUUGUGGAGUUGAAGUGACAGUAUCUGAUGAUGAAAUUAAUAAGGUUAAACAACUGUUAGAAGAGCUGAAACUUAAAAGAACUCCUGUUGAGGAAAAUUAAAUAUUGAUAAACGGGG